AUGUCCGGCAACACCAUGAGAGGGACGCCCAACCGCAACCAAGGCAGGGGCAAUAUCCCCUUUGCCAACAGUCCUGCUGCCUCUGGCAUCCCGCGACCCGCCGCCGCCGCCGAGUCACAGCCCUCGGAGGCCGGCUCGUCUGUCAGUGCCAGCCGCCAGAAGCAGAGUAAACGUGAUGAGGCCAUCCGCCGAAAGAUGGAGAAUGACCUCUCCAAGAAGAAGCACCUCACGAAUCGCGCUCGACACUCCCGCAAGGCUCCCCCUGGCACCGUCAUGGCCCUCAAGCCCAGCCAGGCCCUCCAGAUCAAGCCUGGCACCACCGUUUCCGAAGCCGCCCAGCUCAUGGCUGCCAAGCGCGAGGAUUGUGUUCUCGUCACCGACGACGACGACCGUAUCGCCGGCAUCUUCACCGCCAAGGAUCUGGCCUUCCGCGUCGUCGGCGCCGGCCAAAAGUCGAGCAACGUCACAAUCGCCGAGAUCAUGACCAAGAACCCCCUUUGCGCCCGGACCGAUACCAGCGCCACCGAUGCUCUCGAUCUUAUGGUCCGCAAGGGCUUCCGCCACCUGCCAGUCAUGGACGAGAACCAGGACAUCUCCGGUGUCCUCGACAUCACAAAGUGCUUCUACGACGCCAUGGAGAAGCUCGAGCGCGCCUACUCGUCGUCGAGGAAGCUCUACGAUGCCCUCGAGGGUGUCCACUCUGAACUGGGUGCUAACCAACCCCAGCAGAUUAUCCAGUAUGUCGAGGCUCUGCGCACCAAGAUGUCCGGCCCGACCCUCGAGACGGUCCUCAACGGCGUCCCCCCCACAACCGUCAGCGUAAGGACCUCUGUCAAGGAGGCCGCCGCCCUCAUGAAGGAGAACCACACCACCGCCGUCCUUGUCCAGGACCAGGGCGCUAUCACCGGCAUCUUUACCAGCAAGGACGUUGUUCUUCGUGUCAUUGCUCCUGGUCUGGAUCCCGCCAACUGCAGCGUCGUCCGUGUCAUGACCCCCCACCCCGACUUUGCGUCCAUAGACAUGACCAUCCAGGCUGCCCUCCGCAAGAUGCACGACGGCCACUACCUCAAUCUCCCCGUCAUGAACGAAGCCAGCGAGAUUGUCGGCAUGGUCGACGUCCUGAAGCUGACCUACGCCACGCUGGAGCAGAUCAACUCUAUGUCUACCGGCGACGGCGAAGGCCCUGCCUGGAACAAGUUCUGGCUGUCCAUCGACAACGAGACUGAGUCCAUGGUCUCCGGCGACGGCAGCCAGCACCACACAAACCUCGGGUCGCGCAUGAUGACGCCUGACGUCGGCCGUGAUCGCCUAGGAGACAGCGUUGCACCUGGCGACUCGGCAUCCCACGUUGGGUCUCAUCACGACCCUGAGGUCCCGCCUGGCGAUGUUCCUUUCCCCUUCAAGUUCAAGGCGCCGUCAAACCGCGUCCAUCGUCUGCAGGUCGUAGCCUCUCAAGGCAUCGAGGUCUUUGUAGCUGCAGUCGCCUCUAAGCUCGGCAACGAGGUAGAGUCCAUUGGCGGCGUGCCGACGGCCGAGGAUGGCAAGCUAGGAAACACUGGCUUCGCCGUAAGCUACAUGGACGACGAGGGCGAUACCGUCUCCAUCACGACCGAUAACGAUCUGCUCGAGGCCAUCCUGCUCGCGCGCCAAGGCCACCGUGACAAGGUUGAGCUCUUCGUCCACGACCCCGAGAAGCCGCCCGUCGCUGCGGUCGCCGCCGUCGAGACACCCAUUAUCGCGACCCCUCCCACGCUGACUGCCCCCGUAGUCCGCGAAAGACGCCGGGCGUACGACGAAGACGAUGAGGAUGACGAGGACGAUGAGGAGGAGGAGGAUGGGCCAGCGCCCGCACGUAGAUCGCGUCGGACGCGCAACGCAGCGGCUCCUGUGCAGGAGCAGUUGAUUGCGGGCGUCCCUAACGAUUUGCUACUCCCUGGCGCCAUCGUGACGCUCGCCGUUGUCAUUGUCGGUGUCUUCACCAUUGCCCGGGCUACCAGUCGCUAG